AUGUCUCCAAUUCCUGUUUGUUCAAAUUACCCAUUUCGACCUCCAUUGGGCGCGGUAGAGGGGGCAUCUUCUGGCGGUCCGACGCUCCGCCGCUUCCAGCCAUCGGCGGAGGCAGGGUCGGCAGCCGAUCAACUGUCGGCAGGAUGGGCACCAGACCGGAUCCUGGGGCGAGUCCGUGCAGAUUGUGCAGGUGCGGCCUGAAUUUUGGAAAACAAAAUUCCCUGGCUGGCCUGCUUCCAUUUUGCCCCACACCUGAACCUGACAAAUAUGCGUUUUUCUCUGUCGUACUCAAACACGGGUUUUUCUGCGUUAUAAGAAUGUCACGUAGAUCGCAGAAGAUCUACGUAACAUCGCUUCAAAUUUAGGCAGAAACAUAGCAUUUGAUAAAGAAAAUCAUGAAAAAUAUUGAAAUUCAUUAAUUCACAUUAUUUAAAACAGUAUAAAACAGAAAAUUUAACAGUAGUACAGCAUUACUCAAGAAAAACUCGGUAGGAUUCAUCAGACUUGGAUGCAAAUUGUAGUGAAAAAAAAGUGGUGAAAAUUUCUGUCAUGCUAAAUCAAGCAAAUCAAGAGAAAUCAAAACUUUUAUGACAGAGAUUCUCUUCAGCAGGGUAUAAAACACGGCAAAAACCAGCAAUCUUCAAUUCGACUUCAUUCUUCAAUUGCUUGUUGGAUUAAUUUUAUACCAUCAAGUAAGCUUGUGAUCAGAUUUAACACGUUUUUUGAUUUCAAUUGUUGUUAUUUCCUUUAUAGAGCUUUUUAUUUUAAUUUUUUCAAUUUUCAGACCUCUUCUAAUAAAUCUUCUAAUAACCAUGUUUCCAUCGCAAUCAUUUUUCCUCUCCGCUGACGCUGCCUUCCAACCGACCGGAUUCCAACCAGCUUUUGUACCAAUUGCCCAUCCCCACCAUGUUUAUCCGAUUGGAUACCACCAAGCAAGCCCGAUGGCUUACAUUCCACCAAUGUAUUAUAACCACGGCUUGAUCUCGCCAGCAAAACCAAUUUGCUGGCAAUCAUCAAAAUUUCAUCUAUAAUCAAGCCCAAAAUUUCGAUGAACCUCAGCCCCAAGCCUCUCAGCAAGUGCCAGAGGAACAAACACGUCGACCUUUGAGUAUCCGACGAAACGCCCGGACCGAUGGAUUUCCUGCAGGACCGGAAAGGCAACAAGACACUGAGGCCACACAAAAGUUGCGAGAAUGGGUAAGUAUUUUUUUAUUAACAAACUGUUUGUUGCUGAUCAAUGCAACGUAAUGACUAAUGUUUCAGGCAGAGCGAUUCAGAGCCCGCAGAGAUCAGCUUAAAAAAGAACGAGACUCAGAGGUUGUUGUGGUGUCAGGUAAGUACCAUACUCUAACAUACGCAAACAUACUAGUAAAUAAAUUAAAUCAGUCAUCAUUUUUUCUGAAAAAUCAAAAACCUUUAAAUCAUCCCAACUUUUCAGAAACCGAAUGCACCAUUUGUUUCGACAAGGCCAGGAACCCAACAAGUUGCAAAGCAUGCAAGCAGAUCAUCGGAUGCCAACGAUGCAUUAGGAAUUGGAUUCGAACACAAGCGGAUAGCAAUAAAGCACCGUCGUGUCCGUUAUGUCGAGGAGAUGGGUUUGCAAAUUUUGAAUUGUUCGAUUAA